GCUAGCUAAUGGAGUACAUUUCGAUGUGCCAUAGCCCAUAUCAUGUUGUUGUAGAAGAGCUGUCAUAUGAUCUUGUUGUAGAAGAUAUGUGUCGCAUGACAGAAAGACCAACACAAAUCUUAGAUGAUUUAAAAUAACUUUUGGGUACGCGUUGUAACAUUGUAUCUUUCGGAAAUACAAGUCAAUAUAGGUUAUGUACGAGGAAAGAGAAAACGAAUUCCUAGCUACAGGUAAAAUAUAUGAAUUGAUCUACUGUAGCUAGCGUGCUGAAAUGAUAACGGAGAGAAAGAGGAAUGUUUGAUAAAUGUCCGUGUCAUGUGGAUGUCCAAAUAUUAACCACGUCUGGAAUCCAAGUUCCAACACCGGUUCACUGUAAUGAUCAAACGGCAAGAGUCAGACAAACGUCAACCCUCAACAUGUCAACAGCUCGUAAGCACGGUUUAGCUGAGACGCAUCUCUCGACGCCAGGAGCUGUAUCUGGCCAAAUACACCAGGACUUCUAUAUCUCUCAGCUGAUUCGUCAACUUGAGGACUUGGACAUAUCAAGUGGCAUCAGAGCACAGAAGACAUUUCCAUCAACACUCAAUUCAAGUAUCUACCCGACCACCUGCUGUAGCCCAUCAGAGUCUACAUCAGUUCAGAGCCAGCCACAGAGAGCCCAGUUCAGGAUGAUCCACAGACGUCCAACAAUCGACAUCCAUCAUCUCAACAGCAGGCUACGGCACCGGAGAUCCACCAAACAUAGCCAAGGGGAGGGCCGGGACACGAGCUCGAGUGAGUCUCUGUUGAAAAUCACACCUGUCCAGGUGGCUUACACUGCCAGUCCGAGGGACAGGAGAAGGAGCAAUGGGGAGAGGAGGGUAAAGACAUUCUACUGUUGGGGCCCAAUGAAUGACAGAGCAGGGCUUGGGUCAGGAACCAGCGCUGAUGGCUCGAAGCGAAACGGUAGCAGCACACCGGCGGACAUCCACUCUGACGCCAGCGAUCUAUCCGAACAAGAGAAAGGGGGCGCCCAGGCCCACGAGUGGGUCACGCCCGCAGUGGCGCUCCGGUUGAGGCCUGAACCUUUCGACCUGGACCAUGACUUACACUUCCCGGCGUCGUCGGAGGCCCAGUCUCCAUUUGCGGAGGUGCUCCCCGCACCUCUGGAAGUGCUGGAUCUGACCCGGAGUCUGCCCAGCACGGCCGAGUGGGAAAGUCGCCAGAGCCUGCACAUGCGAGAGCCUUCAUUGGCUGCCAUCGUAAGCAGACUAUCUGAGAUGGAGGAUCUGCAGGCGGCCACAGUACAGCGAGAGCUGACCAAAACGGGCCGGUGUCGGCCGGCCACGGCCGUCAGCUUGACCAGGAGUACUUCUCGCUUGAGGAAAGCAGAUUUUCCGGGAUCCAAACCGGUAUUUGUGCCAACUGGGGGGUAUGGUUCAGUUGUGUCCAGUUUUACGGAACUGAGCCUGUCUCGCGACUCGCGCCCUAGGCAGACUUGUGCUCCUUACAAACAGAACCACAUCAGGGUGGGCUCAAGGCCACAUACGGUCGUUAAAAGGCCCUGUUCCAGCUCAGCCAAACUAAGCAGGACAGAGACCCUUGUCCAGGUCCAGUCUUGGGGUGAGGGAUCGACACCAAAACCUACAGGUUGCACCAAAAUCAGAAAAGCCAAAGCUAACAAGAAAGGCACAUUGAGCUCCCACAGAGUGUCACCACCGAACUCUGCAAAGAAAACUAAAGCCAGGGACUUGAGAAAGGCUUAACAAUUGGAGACUGGGAUUACUCCGACUAUACAUUUAGGAAGAUCAGCCUUUUCCUUUGACAGGGUGUUCCUGAUCACUGCACAAUGUUUUCAAAGUAGAACAUGAGAGCCAAGUGAACCAGUGUACCAGUCAAUGAACGUACAAAAUAUCUGGUUGGACCUUACCUGAACCCUUUGGUGUCAUAAUGAUAUACAUUUACAUUUUAGUCAUUUAGCAGACGCUCUUAUCCAGAGCGACUUACAGUUAGUGAGUGCAUAU